AUGGAGGAUGUAGCAGAGGAUGAAGCCGAGGACGAGAAGAACUCAGAGGGUCGCCACACCCCAGAAUCAUCGCUGUCCCCCGGGGGGGCCCUCGGUCUCGGGGGCGCGGCGCUCGGGGCGGCGCGCGGCCGGCGGGGCGCGGGGCGCGCGCGGGGGGCGGCGGCCGGGCUGGGCUCCCCCACGCCCGCGGCUCAGGUGGGCCGUACCCAGGCGCUGGCGGAGCCCGGGUCCCGGUUCUGCCCGGGCUGGAUGGCUCAUUCUGCUGGCUGCGCGGUGGCGGCGGCUGUGUGUGUGCCGCGCCUCGCCGCUCCCCCCGGCCCCCCGAGCCCGGGCGCGCGCUCCCGCCCGGGCCCCGCGGCGCCGCGGCCCGAGGCGUCGGGAAGCGCAGCCAUGGCCCUGCGGAGGCUGGGGGCCGCGCUGCUGCUGCUGCCGCUGCUCGCCGCCGUGGAAGAAACACUGAUGGACUCCACUACAGCGACGGCUGAGCUGGGCUGGAUGGUGCAUCCCCCAUCAGGGUGGGAAGAGGUGAGUGGCUACGAUGAAAACAUGAACACCAUCCGCACGUACCAGGUGUGCAAUGUCUUUGAGUCAAGCCAGAACAACUGGCUACGGACCAAGUUCAUCCGGCGCCGAGGUGCACAUCGCAUCCAUGUGGAAAUGAAAUUCUCGGUGCGUGACUGCAGCAGCAUCCCCAGCGUGCCCGGCUCCUGCAAGGAGACCUUCAACCUCUACUACUAUGAGGCUGACUUUGACUCGGCCACCAAGACUUUCCCCAACUGGAUGGAGAAUCCGUGGGUGAAGGUGGACACCAUCGCGGCCGAUGAGAGCUUCUCCCAGGUGGACCUGGGUGGCCGGGUGAUGAAGAUCAACACUGAGGUGCGGAGUUUUGGACCUGUGUCCCGAAACGGCUUUUACCUGGCCUUCCAGGACUAUGGUGGCUGCAUGUCCCUCAUUGCUGUGCGUGUCUUCUACCGCAAGUGUCCCCGUGUCAUCCAGAAUGGUGCCAUCUUCCAGGAGACGCUGUCGGGGGCUGAGAGCACAUCGCUGGUGGCUGCCCGGGGCAGUUGCAUUGCCAAUGCUGAAGAAGUAGACGUGCCCAUCAAACUUUAUUGUAACGGGGAUGGCGAGUGGCUGGUGCCCAUCGGGCGCUGCAUGUGCAAAGCAGGCUUUGAGGCCGUGGAGAAUGGCACCGUCUGCAGAGGAUGCUCCCUACAGCAGGCCUUGAAGGCCGCCAGACCCAAAAGGCGAGGAUGGUGCGGGAUCCAGGACCCAGAGCGGAGAUGGGCAGCCCCUGGCGGGGUCCCCUCCGCCCCGCGCACGCCGCAGUCUUUGUGGCCCGGGAAGAAUGCCUCUCUUUAUCUCCGGACGCCCCUUCCCUUUGAUUCUCCUCUCUGCAGCGUUUCUGCUGACCUCUGCGUGUUGGGAAUCCAAUUAGAGGCGCGGACGGCGAGAGUGACAGCCGCGCCGAAUCCCGCCCCGGCCCCUCGGAGCACGCUCGGCGGAGCUGCAGGCGGCGCGGGGCUGCUUGUCAUGCUGGCCCUGCGCGCGGCUUUUGUGGGGAUUAGCUGCCGGGGGCGGGGCGCUCCGCAGAUGGGACCAGAAGUGAUGCUGGUGAAUGUCACGUCCCGGAGGAGAGUAAAGGAGGGGGCCGCUCAGAGCUGA